CCCUGCUGAGAUUGACACAACCUAUGAACCUGACGCGCAUCUUAGAGCGUGACCGACAAUUCCAUCCAACUUCAAGUUUCUCUGUUUAAUCACAUCCGUAUCAGCACAUGAAAGAAGAACCAUAUUCAAUCCAUCAGAAAACUAAUUUUGAAUGCUUUAACCUUUUUUUUUUUAUCUGAUUGAUUUCCCCUUUUUUCUAACUAUCUUAUAAACCCCACUUAAAGCAUUGAUUUUUUUCUUUGUUUUUUUUUUUUAAAUAUAGUUUGAACCAAAGUUUAUUCGAUUGAGAUUUGGAAGCUCUAAACAGAAAUUUAGAUAGAUACCCACUUCUUGUAUUUCCAUUUCAAAGAUACCCAUUUGGAGUACUCUUCUUGUUAGAUCCAAUUUCAUUUAGAACUGAUUAGUCUUGGGGUCAUGGAUUUGGGUAUAGAUCUUGGGUGGAUUUUGGUGUGAGAUGGAUUUUGGAUGGAAAUUUUGGAUACGCAUUUCGAGAAAUUGUACCUGUUUGACGGGACUUGAUUAGUCUUCUUAUUGCUUGUAUAAGUGUUGGGUUAUUUUUUGGAAUAGAUUUUUUCCUUUUUGGUUUGAGAGAGGAAAAGAGAAACAAAAAUGUUUUGGAGGGAACGUGAGAGGGAGAACAAAGAGCUUAACGGAGGACCUCCUUGUGGGCAGGUUAGAGUUCUUGUUGUUGGUGAUUCAGGUGUCGGGAAAACUUCUCUUGCUCAUUUGAUUGUGAAAGGUUCUUCUGCUGCUCGGCCUCCUCAAACAAUUGGAUGUACUGUUGGUGUGAAGCAUACUACAUAUAGUAGUCCUGGUAGCUCUUCAAGUAGCGUUAAAGGGGAUGCUGAAAGAGAUUUCUUCAUUGAACUCUGGGAUGUGUCAGGACAUGAGCGAUAUAAAGAUUGUCGGUCUCUUUUUUAUUCACAAAUUAAUGGUGUUAUUUUUGUUCAUGAUCUUUCCCAAAGGAGAACAAAAACAAGCUUGCAGAAGUGGGCAGCUGAGAUUGCAGCAACUGGGACAUUUUCAGCUCCUCUAGGUUCUGGAGGUCCUGGGGGACUCCCUGUGCCAUAUAUUGUUAUUGGUAACAAAGCUGAUGUUGCUGCUAAAGAGGGUACAAAGGGUAGCAGUGGCAAUCUUGUUGAUGUAGCUCGUCAGUGGGUUGAGAAGCAGGGUUUGCUUCCAUCUAGUGAGGAGCUUCCACUGACUGAGAGUUUUCCUGGUAGUGGAGGCCUUAUUGCUGCUGCCAAAGAUGCAAGAUAUGACAAGGAAGGUGUAAUGAAGUUUUUUCGCAUGUUGAUCAGGAGAAGAUAUUUUUCAGAUGACUUACCAGCUCAAAAUACAUGGUCCAUAUCUCCUGUUCAGAGACCUUCUCGACGUUUAGAUGAAAAUUCCAGUGAUGAUGAUCAGUUGUACAAGCGUACGAGUUUGAGUGGCGAUCCUUACAAGUACAACAUGCUUCCUCCCUUACCAGCUCAGCGAAAUCUGACUCCACCUCCCACGCUUUACCCGCAGCAGCCAGUUUCAGUGACUGAGAAUUACAACCUCCCAAGAUUCUCCUUUACUGGCUCCCAAGAAAUCAGCAGCACCACCAGAUCGAAGCGCGCAGAUAUUAAUGUCUGAUGUAAUAUGGUUUCCAAUGUUAGCUACACAGUCACCAUUGCUGGGGAGGGAAAAUGUUGUGUUGGCUGUAUGAUUCUUUGCUCCAUUCUUUUUUUCUUUACCCCUUUUUCGUUUUGCUUGUAAAACUGGCAUGCCAAUUCUUUUAUAUCCGAUGGCCCUCUGGUUGUAAGGGGUUUCUGGGUUUUACAGUUUUACCGGAUGUAUAAUUAUUGAUUGUUUAUCCCCAAAAUAUAGGCAAUUCUUUUCAAUCAAAACCACUUUUCUUUAA